GGCGAGGCGGCGGCGAAUGAUUGUUUGUUUAUAGUUGGUUUUGUGACUUGCUCAGUGGUUAAGUGCUUACGCUCAUUUUACCACUUUAUUUCAAAUAUCAUUGAAAUAAUAACAAUGGAUAUUGAUAUCGUGAAGGAUGUUGAUCAACCUUUAGGCUAUAAUGAAUCUGAAAAAGAUGCCAGUGCCACAUGUGUCGCUGAGGAAAGUGCUUAUCAGUACCCCGCUUUGUUUACCAGCAAAACUUUGCUUGAACUAUGCAGUUCCUCUUGGUCUCGUUCGCAAAAGGCACAAGAUGAUAUUCAACCUUACCUCCGAGGUUGUAAAUGGUCUCCCGAUGGUACUUGUUGCUUAUCGGUUGUGAACAAUGAUGGAGUGCAUUUGACUGAGUUACCUCGAGAUUUAUAUUCCAAUAGCCCUGCACCGAACCGAACUAUAGAUAUAUUAGACUCGAUAGUACACAUAAAAGAAGCUGGUUUAGUAUAUGAUUAUUGUUGGUAUCCUGGAAUGAAUAGUAAUUUACCUGAAUCGUGUUGUUGGAUAACAACUAAACAGAAUUCUCCUAUACAAAUGUGGGAUGCAUUUGAUGGAUCAUUAAGAUGUACUUACAGGGGAUUUAAUGCUGUGGAUGAAAUGGAGCCUGCUUUAUCUGUCACAUUUAGUCAAGAAGGCUCCAGAAUCAUAGCAGGUUACAAGAAGGUUAUAAGAACAUUUGAUGUUGAUAGGCCUGGUAGAGAUUUUGCUGAGCAUAAAUUGGGAAGUCCUGCAACAUGUUUUGCUACUGAUAGUAAUUUGCUUGCUGUAGGCUCAUGGAACUCUACAAUCAACUUAUAUAAUGUCAAUGAGAUGGGUACAUAUAAAAGCAUUGGCAAAAUGCAUGGUCAUUCAGGUGGAGUAACUCAUAUGAAAUUUACCCCAGAUGGUAUACGACUUGUAUCUGGUGCCCGGAAAGAUCACAGGUUACUCAUAUGGGAUAUAAGGUAUUACAGGAGACCAUUAAAUAUAUUGACAAGGGCUGUGAAUACCAAUCAAAGGGUAUAUUUUGAUAUCUCUCCUUGUGGCAAAUAUUUGAUAACAGGUGGUACUGAUGGGGUGUUGAAAGUUUGGGAUGUAGACCAAGUCGAUUGGAAGAACAGUCUGGAAACCAAUGAAGAAAAUAGUGAUGAUGCCACUUAUAAGUUUGCUCUACAUAACGAUUGCUGUAAUAGCAUAUCUAUUCAUCCAUUGAGGCCUAUAUUAGCAACAGGAUCGGGACAGUUCCACUUCAGAGACCCAAUGACGGGAUUAGAAGGCGCUGACGUUUCCCUACAAUCGAAUGGAAUGGCCAUAGACAACAUAACUAAUGAAGUUGACACAGAUGAGAAUGACUUACGAUAUUCGUGUGAAGCAGAGAACAGUCUAGUCUUUUGGUGGAUAGGAGAUAUUGUUACAGAAGAAAAUGUUUUGACUGCAAAUGUUGAUAGCUAAUAA